GCGAGCCCAGUCCGAACGAGGAAGAGGGAGUUCCUCCGCCUCUGAGAGCCGCCCGCACUUGGAGGAGAAAAAGGAGGAGGCGGAGCCGUGACGCGCUCAGCUAGGCUGCUUGGCAGUUCUGUUCAUCAAGGGCAGCAGAAGAGGCAACAAGAAGGGAAUAUCAUUCAGCAGAUAAUCUAAGUGACCAGAGCAACGUCCAACCAGCUGCUAAUUUUGAGCCUCAUUUGGCUGAAAAAGAACACAGCAAAAUGGGUAGAAAAGAUGCUUCUGCUGCAAGAAGUCCUGUAGAUCAGUACAGAAAACAAAUAGGAAAACAAGAUUACAAGAAAACCAGGCCAAUGUUAAAAGCAACAAGAUUAAAAGCAGAGGCCAAGAAAACCGCACCAGGCAUAAAGGAAGUCAGUCUUGUCCUUGGAGCUAUAUUGGCAUUUCUGUUGGCUUGUUAUGCUUUCUUUUAUCUGAAACUAUCUGAAGAGGUUGACCUCGAUCUGGCUCAAGAUGAAAACUAGCAGAUGUCUUUUUUUCAAUUCUCUUCUGGAAAAGCAUCAUCUUGUCCACUUCAGUUUGCAAACAGUCUCUUCACUGAGCUGGACACAACUUGAACCAGUUCCAGUACUUCAAAGGCCGGAACUAUUCACAAUAAUAUCCCAGUCGACCUUAAAGAUUUUAACGAAGAACCACACAGAGCAAGUUUCUUCUGCCAUUAAAACUAUAUCAGCUUAUGGUGACUAUUUUAAUGGUUUGUUUCUCAUGUCAAAAAAUGUUCCAUUCUAGAAGACUAUUUGCUGCAUAUAUUAUGAUUGCUGUUUUGAAGGACUUGACUUAGAAUUAAAUUAAAUUCAUUUUUCAAAGAAAAAAAUAAAAGGAAUUUACAAAAAUAUAGGUACAGAAUUUACAAAAUAUAUGCAAAUCAAGUGAGACAGUUAUAUUACGGAAAAGAAUUUUAAAAUGCUAUCAUCAGGCUCAAUUCCAUUAUAAACACUUAAGUCCUAAUUAAGCUUCAUAUUGGGCUGUGUUAGAGCAAAUCUUCCAUAUAGCAAUCCUUGUUUUCUUUUGUCCUGUGUUGUAAAACACAGGACAAGUUGCAGCCAAAUGGAGUGAGAGGGGACUUACUCAUGUCCCAAUAUUGGGAGGUCCCAACAGCAGGAACUGGCACCCCACAAUUGAAUGAAGGCAAGUAAUGCUGGCAAACAAUGCAAAGUUUUUUAGAGUAGAGGACCCAAUGAUCUGAUCCACCAAAGAUGAUUCUGAUAGUGCAUACCACACAGGGCUGCAUCUUGUCUGCAGUAUAAUCAUGAAUAGAGUUAACACCAUUCUAACAGUGCAAUCCUAAGCAAAGUUACUCCAGUCUAAGUUCAUUGAUCUCAAUGGCCUUAGACUGGAGUAACUCUUUUUAGGAUUGUGCUGUAAGUAUGUUGAUGUCUUGUUCACUGCAAUGGAAGAGUCAAACAUGUAAAUUUCUCCCUCUCAAAAUGAUGCAAUCUUAAAGUACUUAAUUUGGGGCAAGAUGUGGCCAUUGGUCUUAGUUGAAAAGCAUGCGCCAAGACCCAAAGUGCCAAGUCUGAGUUUAAUGAGUGAAUAGGAUGCUGACUGCCAAUAAGACACUAAUAAGCUUGUACUAUUUGCAUGUGUUGGUAUCAACCAGGCUAGUUGUGUAGUUUUCAACAAACAAUUUGCCUAAACCCUCUUGAGUUUACCUCUUCAAGUUUCCAUUAGGAAAGAAUAUAAGAAAAUAAUAAAACACCAGGUACUGGUAGAAGCCUGUAUUUGCUGUGAAUAGAUGUCUUUCCUGAUAGCAAACUGAAUUGUUCCUAAUUGCAUGUCAGUGUAUGAGGCCAGAACCAGACCAAAAAAUCUCUGCUCCUAAGGCUGUAAAUGUAGCCCAACCAAAUGGGAAGUAUUCGUCUAUUCCCCAAGAUGACAGAAUUUGGUGCACAUAUGGCCAUAUCUUCUGAUGGAUGUUUUGUAUGUGUAUAUGCGUAAAGACUGGAGUCAACUUUGAUCACAAUGAAAGCAAGCAGUCAAAAGGUGCCAGAACUGUAGAUCCCAAAAUAAUCAUGCUGUAAUAAUUUGAAAUUACAGCACAUUGCCACAAAAAUACCAGCAGAGGAUUCCAUUUGGGAAGAACUUUUGGUGCGAGUUGAUUCCAGUGUCAUCCUGGCUCCUUUGUGUAUGAAUAUUAGCAGUCAUCUUUUUCAUUCAUUGCCAACUGUUCCAGGCACAUGUGUUCUGUCAGAAAUGGCACCUGGACGACAGAAGCUCAGGCAUUCACAUAUGCCUCUGAAGCAGAGUUCCUUGCCUCUUGGGCUAUCUGAACGAGUGUAAAUAGAAAGUUCAGUUGAUGUUGAUUUUAAUUAGCACAUUGCUUCAUUAAUAUAAAGUUGAAAUUCUGUUUUAAUUAUACCAUUGCUGCUGCUUGUGAUAUCAACAUGGAAGAUGCAGAGGCUUUAAAAAAAUCUUUUGCAAUUAGUCAUUUUUCAGCAAGUGAACAUAUAUCCUAGACUCUGCUAUCGACCUUUUUCUCCCAGUAAAUGAGGAGCAUCCUGGAUUCAUCAUAUAAGAUCUUGGUGUGGCAGUUUAUUGCCAGAUAUGCAAACUAUGCAUUGCAAAAAGUAGUUUUUUCAUGUCUGUUUCAAUUAAAAGCAUGUGUGUGUGUGAUAAUAUCUGCUAUCUUUCUUUGUCAUGAUAAUUUACUGUAUAGGUCCAAUGGUGAGCUCAGUUUAUCAAAUAUUGCUGCUGUACUUCAUGCAUUUUAACAGGGAACUAAUAUAAACCCCGGGGCAAUAAAACUGAAAAGAUAGGGGAUUAGAUCUGGAUGAAUGUUGUAUCGGUACAGCCACUUGACUUGUAUCAGUUUUUCUAGCCUUGCCUUGUUCACACAUUGCCCUUUCAAGGAAACAGGGCUUCUGAUGGAAGGGGAAGAUAAGAAAAGAGCCGCUUCUGCCAGCAAAUGUCUGUAGGAUCCAACCCAAUACAUUUAUUGAAAUCUUGAAAAUUGUUUUAGGAUCUUGACUCAAUGCUAUUUUAUGGAAAAAUUCAAUGCAACUUGUUUUGAAUUCUUUCUUUAAAAAAUGUUCUCAGUUAUCAAAAGUUUAAGAUCAAAGACUCACAAAAGAACAUUCCUAAAAUGAUGAUAACGCAACCAGUAAACAAUCAUACAUUUUAUUGGUAAUCAAGCUUGACAUGGUUUCAGGUGGGUAGCUGUGUUGGUUUGUAGUAGAAGAGCAAUGUCCAGUAGCACCUUAAAGACCAACUAGAUUUCCAUGGCAUGAGCUUUUGAGAGUCAGAGCUCUCUAUAUAUCUGACAAAGGGAGCUCAGAUUCCCAAAAGCUCAUACCUUGGAAAUCAUUCUUGACUUGGUGAUUACGAAUUUUGUGAUAAUAUAUAUAUGGUAAUUCAUGGAAGUUGCAGAAAUAUGUUGAGCUAGAACUGCUAAUGCUACAUAAAUAAUUUUGUAUUCAAUUCUGAAUUGUCAUUUUGUAAUUGAAACUUACUAAAUAAACUGGCAAUUAUGA